CUCACACGCCUCAAAAUAUGUAUACAUGUAUAUGUAGGAAAAGCGUUUAGUUGUUCUGCUGUAUGGUUAUGUAGCGUAAUCAUUUUGAUGACGAAGAAAUUAUGCUUGUGAGUGUGUGUGUGUGUGUUUGUUAAAAUUUAAUCACGACGUAAAUGAGCAUAGAAUCCCCUAUUUGCUGUAUUUAAAUUGUCAACUAUAUCAAUGAAAGUUACCAAAAUUAAAGCAUGUGAAAAAGGAAAAACGCGAAAAAUAUAAUCCUGCAUGAAAACAACGCACUCAUUCGAACAACUUGAGGAAGACAAACAAAUAGUAACGAACAAAACAAAUCAAGCCAAAAAAAGAACUAAAGACUAAAACCCCAGAUGGAGUUCUAUACAAAAAAAUGUGUGUGUCUCUCUCUUUCUUUCUUAUUGCACCUCUGACGUUUGUAAAAGUGUCGCGUUCCCCCCUGCACUGGGGCCUAAAGUGUAACGUUGCGUAACCAACAGACCCACGUGUGUACGUUUGUAAUGCAGAACAUAUGCAAAGAGCCCCACUGAGUGCAGCUGUAGGAAGCAAAGCAACAACAACAGAGAAAAAAAAACGCCUUCUGUUAGUAGAAAGUAACGGUCACAGUGCAAUUGGUGCAUUUCAGUUCAACUACCGCAGUGCUUAUUCGUACCCGCACAUCCAACUCACCUUAACUAUAAAAUCUCUUUCCUAACAUCUGCACUGUACAAAAACAAAAAAAAAAACCCAAAUUACAAAGUCUUAAGCUGAACAAGCAUAUCAUCUAUAACUCUCCAGCGAAUCCUGCCUGCAUCCCUGCUCGAUAUCACAUCAAGACACACAAGUUCCACGGCUAAACAAAGCCCAGUUCUAGAGAGCUUAUAAUUUGUCGUAGCUGAAACCAGAUGAACUUCACACUUUUCUUUGUAAUGUUGUUUGGUGGUGAUUGGUGUUACGGUAGAUUGCAAUCAUCUAAGCAUUUUUAUCGCUCGUGGUGGUGACAGGCCGCCGUGACGACCUCCUGAGUCUACGCCGUCGAGUUUGUGACACCAUCGAGUGACCUCCCCGCCCGGUUUGGAAUCCCAUAAACCGGAAGAGAGCAAACAAAGCGGCUGGAAAUUACUGCAGUAACGUCGUUUGGCGCAGCAAUUUUUUUCUCCGUCGUUUCAACACCGACCAGGGGUUCGAGCCGCUGAACUUUUAUCGCUUGACACCUCUCCGGGAUUCGUUCUUGGACCGUUUCCAGCAGGGAGAGCUUUACUCUCUUUCUCUCUCGGAUGUGCGAUUAAGCUCUCUCUUGUAACUGGUUUAUCACGUGGAGAAUUUUCCACGCGCGGCUGUUGUGUUGUGAAAGGAGAACGGGGUUUACCUCAUGAAUGAAUCAGACAUUGGACGCAGUGUAGACGCACACGUGGGCCCAGGAGCCUAGCUGAGUUAACUGUGAGUUGUGAAUUGUGACGCCUUUUGGGGAGUGAGCACAGUGAAGUUCCGCGAAUCGUAGUGUGGUGGUACGUUACCAGAAUCGUAAUUAAAAAGAAUGCAAUAAAGUCCUACACGCCCCAAAUCGCAAAGAAAGAACCUCGAGACGCCAAGUGAAAAAUAAACAGAAGAGAAAAAAAAAACCAUUUCAAAGGGAUAAACACAGUGAACAAAACAAUCAUACACAAAGACGGAACGGAAAAUCAACAAAAAAGCAAAGAAAGACUCAUUCUCAUUUCGGAUCGCAGAAACCUUUGCCGUUGGAGCCACUGUCGUCUGCCUUGAGAAGCAGUGAGAAGUGCAGUGACGGGGGUGGAAAGUUUCAUUCCGAACAGAAGACAAAGAUUCGACGCUCCCCCAAGAACAACGAACGCCAUGAAUCCGAACCACUCGGGUGCGUCACGGAGGCCGUACUCGCGCGGGGCGGCCCCCCGAAACCGGUCCCGGAUGCCGUUUUCGCCGCACCACCAUCUGCACCACUCCAACAACCGGAACAAUAACAACCACGGUGGUGGUGGCGGUGGCGGCGGCGGAGGUGGCCACAAUCAGUCCUGGUACAACAAGGACAUGGAGAACAGCUUCAACUACGGUGAUAAUACCGGGAGUAGUCCUAAGGAAUCCUUCACAUACUCACCAAAGUCCCCACCAAUGCAAUUACAUUCCCCUCCCAUUACCAAUCGUCCAAUCUUAAUGCCUUACGGUGCUGCUGAUGAUGGUAGUGUUAAUAAUAGAUCUCAACAAAUUCUUAGAGCUGGACCCAGCCAUAGCCAUAGCGAUCGCCGUAAUAAUAUGGGUAUGCAGGAUAGAAACCGGCAUACGAUGGGUGCAUCCGGUGUCGAUCGACACAUGAACCAUUUCGAUGGACCUUCCAAUUCCUCUAGGGGUUCCGAUUUGCACUUUGACUCGCGCUCGGUGCUGUCGCUAGACUCGCUGAGAAACAGCCGCGAGAACAAUCGGGAACGCAUCAGUCCGCCGUACCAUCAGGGAAACAGUUCGCACUCGAACAACAACCACCAAACGCCGAGUCCGUCGUACGGUGGUUCGGAUCCGAACAACGGCAUGAAGUCGGACAGUCCCUCGCGGAAGCGCCGUCGCGUGUCGCGAAUGCCCAGCCAGUCUCCGCCGGCCAUCUGGGAACACCGGAGAUCUCCUCGGAACAAUAACCACCACAACAACCACCACAACCACAUCCAGCAGCAGCAACAUCAACAGCAACAACAACAGCAACAGCUCCAACAACAACAGCAACAGCUCCAACAACAGCAGCAGCAACAGCUGCUGCACCACCCAAAUCAGCACAGCCAUCCACCGCAUCUGCUCCAGCAUCCGGGGCCAGGCCCGGUCCAGCUUCAGCAAAGCAGUCCACCGCUGCGUAGACCACGGUUCCGCGAGCAACCCCGGGCCUGGGAACCGAUGCCGCAAGUAUUCCAGCAACCGUCACCACCUCAACCGCAGCACCAGCAUCCCUCACUGAUGGUUGACAUCAACCAAGUUCCUGUAAGCCUUCCACUCGGACACCACGAGCAGCUGUGGACGUACUCGGCCGGGCCGCACAUCUCGAUCUGCUCGGGACACCCGGCCGCCCCACAUAUCCCGCCUUGCCAAGUUCAUGGUGUCUACUCGCAACCAUUUGCUCAAACAUGUAACAUCGGUGGACACUUUGGUGCGUUCGCAUCCACUCCGGCCGCCCUGGCCGUGCCACAUCCUCAGCCCCACCAACCGCACUACCAGCACCCACAUUUGGCCCAACAGCGACCGGAUGGGCUUGGCCUGGACGGACUGGACCAUGCUGGUGCCUCACCGCUGCACGUGUCCCCGCUGGCCGCGGCCCACAUUCACUCAUCGCCACAGAUGGCCCAGAUCUCGCCGCCGCAGCCGAUCUACAUUUCGACCGAAACCGUGUUGAAUAUUCUCCAGGGUCGCACCAGUCAAUUCGAGCUGCUGCACAGAACGGCUCGACGCGCAAUAACCGCACCCCGGCGUAACUUUACCCGCUUCCACUGGCCAACCCCGCCCCCGUCGCACCCGCAUGCCCAUCCGGCCCACCGCCACCCGGGACUGCAGCACCAGCCGUUGGCACCGCAACCGGCCCAAGUUUCACUGUCGGCCACACCGUCCGCCUACUCCGGCAUCCUGUUGAACUUCUUCCUCUUCAUGUCCAUGCCCCACAGAGCCAUGUUCCCGCUGUCGACGUACGGCCAGCCGGACCUCAAUUCGCCGGACUCGAACGAAACGGAAAACUACGAAGCCCUGCUCAGCCUGGCGGAACGCUUAGGCGAAGCGAAACCACGUGGCCUUGCGAGACCCGAGAUCGACCAGCUGCCGAGCUACAAGUUCAACGCGGAAACCCACACCGGGGACCAGACGUCCUGCGUUGUGUGCAUGUGCGAUUUUGAGGCACGCCAAGUUCUGCGAGUGCUGCCCUGUUCGCACGAGUUUCACGCCAAAUGCGUCGACAAGUGGCUUCGGUCAAACCGCACCUGCCCGAUCUGCCGUGGAAACGCGUCGGAGUACUUUGAAAGCAGCGAGGAACAGUAAGUCGCCGCUUCCAAUCCAAUCCAAACCAACCCGUCAUGGGGAGUUGCCACCAGCAGGAUGCUCCGAGUUGGAGGUCUUGCAGAGGAAAAUUGAAAACAGGAACACAUUAGAAUGAUGCCGUCGCUUCGUCGUACCACUCACACUGCAGAAUCAUCCCCCGGGAUAAAGAAAAACAAUGAAUAAUAUCACUCCAGAUUCCACACCCUGAACCUAUAUCAUUAGAAACGGGACAGCAAUUGGUAGGAUGGUAGGGGGAAGGAAGCUGCAUAUUUAGACAGAGAAACAACUAAUCUUACGUAUACGUUUACUUCGUUUUGGCGUACCCGUUUUUGGCUAUAUAUAUUAUAUAUAUGAAGUAUAUAUUUCAAGUGAGUUGACGCAUUUCUCAAAACAUGCUGGACUAAACAACAACAAAAACACAUUUAAUCGACAAAAAAACAUGCAUAAGUCAAUGGUCUACUGAGCAAAACGUUUUAGCACUCGUGUGGUUUACGAUAGAAUAUGUGUUAUAGUUUUUUAACAUGUAAGUUUAUUCUCAGUAACACACACACUCACAACAAUAACUGUUUUGGGAGCAUAUAGACUUGAACCAUCAAUAUAUCGGAUAGACGUCGAAAGCGUUGUUUAGCAAAACAAAACAAAA